AUGGCUGCUGCUGCUGCGGAGCCCGCGCAGCCAGUCCCAGAAGAGCAGCCCUCGGGACAGCAAACACAGUCGCAGGAGAAGCUGUCACGCGAGGGGCAGAACGGGACAGAAUCCUCCCAGUCGCAAGGCUUGGACCCGGGGGAGGACCCUCUGCGCAAUGCCCCGACCUUCAAGGACGAAUUGGCCCCAGACCGCGAGGAGGAAGCGCCCGAAGAGAAGCCCAAGUCGCCUGGCUUUGUCGAGAAGACCAUGCAGAAGCUGGGCCUCAACGAUGUCCUCCUCAAGAGCAUGUUCAAGUCUGUCUUCCCUUCCUGCCUGUCUGGCCCCAACUGCCUCGAGCCAGCGCCGUCAGUCAUGCGGCAACUGACCACCCUGGGAUACCUCGUCGGCGUCAUCGCCGUCCUGGCCCUCGCUGUCCUGCCCCGCGGCAAGUUCAUCCAGAACAUGAUCCUGAAUUGCCUGGCCACCGCUGUUGGCUGCGCCAUGGCCAUGCUGAUCAACUACACCGGCGUCCAGGCCCGCCUGAACACCUCGGAUCUCCGCGAGAUGGCUGCCUUCAUCCAGGCUAAUGGCUACGCCCCCUACAACUCGAGCCAGAGCGCUGUCUGUGGCGUCUGGCUGUUCUUCCAGAUAUGGCUAAGCAACGUCAUCAGGGCCAAAUACCCGGCCUUCAACGUCCCAGUCAUCAUCUACAGCAUCGUGGUCAACAUUUCCUGCACCUUCGGCCCCGAGUUUCCCACGUUGGCCACGGCCGAGGCUUUCAUCCAGAGGCUCCUGACCGCCAUCUUCAUGGGUCUCGCUAUCGCCACCGCAGUCUCCCUCGUUAUCUUCCCCAUCAGCAGCCGACAGGUCGUCGCGAAGCAGAUGGCCGGUGUUCUUGGCCUCUUCAAGAAGUCCAUCGUGCUUGAGAAACAGUACCUUCAGGGCCUGGAGAAAGAGGACAUGUUCGCCCUCGAGAUCACAGAGACCUCGGCCGGCCGCUCGGAGCCGGAGAGGAAGGGCGGCAAGAAGGACAAGGGCCCGAAGCUCACCAAGGAGCAGAAGAAUGCCCUGGCUCUGCGGGGCACCAUCGGGGCGAUCAGGGAGCUAAUGGGAAAGAUCUACGGUGAUAUGAAGUUCGCAAAGCGUGAUAUCGCCUGGGGCCACUUAAGCGCCAAGGAUUUUGGGGAGAUGUUCAACCUGAUCCGCAUGUGUGUCAUCCCAAUGACUGGUAUUGGCACAAUAAUGGACAUUUUCCAGCGCGUGGGGAGGGAAAGGGGCUGGGACGGCGACGGCCCUGGCGACGGCGGCUUGUUCCAGCGCUUCCAGCCGAUCGGCAAGGAAGAGAGCCAGCGGAUCUGGAACGACAUCAUGAAGCAGCUGCACGAGCCCUUCGAGAUCUUGUCCGAGGCCAUCACCCAAGGAAUCGACCACGCCGGUGUGCUGCUCAAGCUGUUUCCCCAGCCUAAGGCACAGAAGAAGGCGGCAGCCCAGAGCGCGGGCACAGAUGCCGACGUCGAGGCUUCUGGCGGAGAGCUCCGUCCCGGCCAGGUCGGGUUCUCCAGCGUUAUCAAUGCGAAAAUUGAGACGUUCAACUCCCGCAAGGGUGAGAUUCUGCGGCUCUGGGCCAAGGAUAAGGGGCUGUGCAGCGAUGGGAACUUUGAGAACUGGACACAGGACAGCACCAGGUUGUUUGAGAAGAGGAGGAACGAUCAGGCACAACUCUAUGUGAUCUUGUACCUGGAGAAGUUGAUGCAAGCCACAGGCGAAGCUGUGCAAGACCUCGUAGCCUUCGCCGAAUCAAAGGCAGAGGACGGGACAAUGUCCAAGAAGCGCCUGAUCUUCCCCAGCGGCCGCCGCCUACGCAAGUGGUUCCUCGGAAUCUUCAGCAACGAGGACUCGACGGCCGAGGACUCGCCCGACAUCAUGGAGACGGGCACCAACGUCGUCUACCUCGGCCAGGGCUGGAUGAACAAGAAGGACCCGGAGCACCUCCCCGCCGCCAACGCCUGGGAGCGCUUUGGCAACGGCGUGCGGCGCUUCUCGCGCUUCUUCGGCUCGCCCGAGUCCGUCUUUGGCUUCCGCGUCGCCUGUGCCACCAUGACCAUCGGCAUCAUUGCUUUCCUUGAGAGCUCGCAGCGCUUCUUCAUACAGCAACGGUUGGUUCUCAUCCUCGGAUACGAGCUGCAAACAGACCUUCUCGGAAUCACAGCAUCGGAGUCCAGUGGACAGCCAUACUACCCGCUCUACACACUCGCUCCGUACCGACUGGCCACCGUCGCAGCGGGUGCCUUUGUUGCCUUCUUCUGGACUGUGUUCCCUAGUCCUUUCACAGAUAGGACAUGGCUUCGAAAGGACCUGUCCGCGGUGCUUUACCUGCUUGCCAACUAUUCGAGCGUCGUACACACCACUAUGAAGGCGACAAUGAGUGGGACUGUCGGCGACAUGGAGGUACCCGGAACUCCUGCGCACAGCCUGUUCAAGGUUCGGCGGAAGCUGUUUGGCAAAUUGACGUUGCUUCUUCCCUCCCUUCAGAUGCACGCAAACUUCCAGAAAUUUGAGCCUAGUCUUGGGGGCAAGUUCCCUGAAGAGCAGUAUCAAGACAUAAUAUUACGGUCUACUCGCAUCAUGAACUACUGCACCCUGAUGUCCUACGUCCUCACCUACCUGGCUCCCAAAGGACCGGCCGAAAACUCCGACAAGGACUGGAUGCACGUCCUCGGCGAGGUCUUCGAGGACGUCUCGCCCGUGCACAACCAGAUCCUCUCCACGCUGACGCUGCUCUCCAACUCCCUCCUCUCGGGCCAGUCCCUUCCGCCGUACCUGCCCCUCCCCAAGCCAUACGAAAUGACGCGGCAGCUCCUCAGCAUGCCCGCGGACGGGGACCACAAAUCCGCCACCAGAGCCGCGCGACACUCAUCUGCGUCCUCGGCGUCAUCGUCGUCAUCCUCCUCUUCAUCCACACACUCAACCAACCCCGCACCCCAAAACGCAGACGCCGAGCCCUCGAACUCCAGCCCGAGCACCCAGCACGACGACAGGCAGCAGCAGCAGCACCGAAACCUCGAGGCCCGCAACCUGCUCGACGCCCGCAACAUGGAGCAGAAGGGCUACACCGAGUUCGCGGUGCUGCAGGUGUGCUCGACGCUCAUCGUCGGCGACCUGGAGAGCCUGAUCGCCACCAUCGCCGGGCUCGUGGGCACCGUCGACUUCAGUUUCCGGGUGGAGCAUACCGAGUCUGAUAGCUCCGUUAGUGACCUCGGCAGCGUGCGGAGGGUGGGCACGUGGGCUUCUCGGGCGGCUGAGGCGAGGGCUGCUGCUUCUUCUGGUGGUGGUGGUGAGAAGGGGAAGGGGAAGAAGGAUUAG